AUGGCAGACACCAUUGUUGUAUCGGGCAACAUCAAAUUGCGUGGCGUAAAGAAGUUGACAACGUUUAGCCGUAAACUGGCAUUUGUUGACUCAAGUAGUAAAUUGGACAUCAGAGCUCCGGCGGUGACAAAAAGCUGCAGUGCAGGAACUCUCGGAAAAGAUGGAUGCGAUGGAAAUCAUGGAGCAGAUGGACCAACAGUGGAGAUAUUUGCGGAUACGGCAGAAGGAUACAUCAACAUACACACAAAUGGAGGAAAUGGUAUGAGAGGCGGCAACGGCCAAAACGGCGCCGGAGGACCUAAUGAUAACCAUCAGCAACGCAACAGGAAUCGGGCGGACGAUUGUGAAGGUGACCAGUACGCCACAAGAAACAGUCAAGGUGUAAUAACUGCAUGUACAUCAAGUAUCCCCGGGAUACGAGGUCGAAAAGGAAUGCGAGGAUAUCCUGGAGGAUAUGCUGGGAAUGCAGGAAAUGGUGGAGAUGCAGGGCAUCAAACAAUCAACAUCAGAAGCCUGCGGGGGAAGAUGAAUCUUAAGACAUGUCGUGGAACAGGAGGCCCAGUAGCUGCUAAUGGAAGGGGAGGACCGGGAUUUGAACAUUUUCAGCGAAAACUUAAUCAGCUGAAUGGCUUGAAAGUUAUACAGUCGAAUCUGUUCAGCGGAGGUCAAGGAGGACGUGGAGGCCAUGGGAUUAGAUGUUAUCAUCACCGAGUCUGUUUGUACACUGCGUGUACCGGACACUGUUACAAGGGUGGUACCUUACCACGGGCGGCGCGCGGGCCUCCUGGCGAUAAAGGACCUGACGGACCAGCUUUGGUGAUGCCUGGUACUAAUGGUGAGGUAGCAAACUCCUACCUUCAAAAAUCAGAGCUCAGUCGCAGCCAAAAAGAUAUGUAUCCAUUGCCACUGCUAAAGGUGAUAACGAGAUACGCUGAAGACCUUGUCUGGGCAAACAAGACAGCAGACGCCAAAGCAGUCUUGACCUUUUUAGUCAACGUUACAGACGGAAGAUCAGACUCAUCGGAACUGAAAAAGCAUGCACAACGAAGGUUGACAUUCCUAGACGCUGCAGGAUAUGACAGAUUUGGAAAUAAUGAAUUGUUUGCUCCUCUUACUAAAUGGGAGACAUUCAAGACACAGCUGACAACACUGAGAGACAAUGCUAGGGACUACGAGAGUGCUUACAAUGGAAUUCAGACAUCGAUUCAACAAAAUGCUGGGAUAAAACAAAUAGCACAAACUAUUUCUACAGCAGCGAGGAUUCAGGUCGACAGUCAAAAAUCCAGACUUCAAGAUGCGAAAAAAACAGCAAUGGACGAAAAAAACGUUUACGUCCAAGCUAUCACCCAACUGGAACUUAACAUGAAUGGUUCUCUUACAGCUCUAUCCAAUGAGCUGCCUGAUGGAGAUGCAGAUGCAGAGUUCACAAAGCGAGACCUCUUAGUUGUACUCCAAGGACUCGCAGGGAUUGUUGCUGCAGGUACAAUAAGUGAUCCCUUCACGGUUGCUUCCACCACUUUCAGAGUGAUCGGGAAUUUUGCAACGCAAUGCAACACCGGGACACUCCAGGAAAACAAAGACAAACUCUUAAAGUGGCUGACAUUUGGUAAGAAUUAUGCUGCUCUUAAAGAUUCAAGUGAAUUGGAUUUUACCCAAUUGGAUGUAGAAGCUGUACCAGAAAUCAUGAAGGCCAAUCUAGAAAUAAACAAGGAAGGUCUUAUAGCGGACCUUGGAUGCAUGUUAAACGAGGCAUCGGGGGCAUUUAAAAGGGAGAUGGAAAGCUUCUUUAUUUCUGGUGCAGCAAGGAUUGACCUCAUAGCCAAAGUUAUCGACCUGGACAAUGCUAUCGGAGGAUACAAUUUUGACAUUCAAAAUUUAGAGGCAACGUCUAAUGAACUAGCAAGUCUUCGUAGUGCUGGCGCUUCACCUAUCGCUGAAAAUAUACAGCAGAUUUUUCUCGACGAUCUCCUGACUUCCUAUCAGCAAAUGGAGACCAGUUUCACCAAGAAUCUCAUCCAGUUAUACAAAGGCUUCGAGUUCCGCACACUCUGGAAUGUAGAUGGCACCCUAAAAAAUCACCAACGACUCGCAGUUGGGGCUGCUCCCGGCACUGGACAACUGCGAGGAGUUUUAGAGUUGAACAACGCUUUGACAGCGUUCAAUUCUGUUCUUAGGAAAGGACAGCAAUGCUUUUCACAGUUCAUUCACCAAACCAGCACUCACAAAUGGUCUUUUAACAGUACCACACACCCUUUAUUAUUUAGUGACUUGCACAAUGGCAAAGCGAUGUUUGAUUUAUCUAUAGACGACAGUUGUAGCAAUUGCUACAAUAUACGCUUACUAAAGAUGUACAUUGAGCUCUACGGGAAUGGAUCUCAAACCAAAAACAACCUCCCGGGUAGAGUUUACCUUGGGUUAAAACAUUCGACAGGAUCGUACUUUAGAGAUGGAAAUGGAGCAGUGAGGGAAUUCCGACAGCCAUUGGCAUUACAGCAUAGAACGUUUAAGUUCAACCGCUUUGAAAUAACUGAUACAGCUAAAUGUGUAGAAAUGCAACUGGCUGGAAAUGGGGAUUCUUCUUACUGUUUGGGAGAAGACGACACACGGUUGGUACCAAUGUGUUGCCAUUACCUCAGCGGUGACUCGUGUGAAGACCGACUCGGCGGAGGAAAUGAGUGCCAGAGUCCAUUUGGAACGUACGAAUUGACUAUACCAAAAGACGAUCAACUUAUUUGUUCAACAGGAGGUGCACAAAUAACGGACAAAAACUGCAAAGAUUUUGAUCGUACCAUUUAUACCCAUAUGAACAUCUGGGUACUCAACUUGCUCUGGACCGGUCAGUAUCCCACAACACCAGACGAUUCUAGAUGUGGCCAUUCUGCUCUUACGAAGUCUGCUGUGAGGCGCCCCCCCCAAGACAAAGUUUUAAAAAAGUUUGAGACAUAACUAAAACACGAUGAAUUCCAAUAUAAAUUAA